AUACGUACGUCUUUGACAACUCAGGAUCUUCACAACAAAUUGUAAAUGUGUUUUUAAAUUUAUCUAUUGAUUUUUAAUUGAUCUACAAAAUGGCGAAACCUUUGCAAAAGGAACGAGAGAACAGAUCAGCGGAGAAGAAGGAUCUGGCCUUCCACCCUUACGUUAUAUCCCCUGAAAGUGCGCACACAUCGAUAUUGUUGCUCGACGCUGUAGAACCUGAAAUAAUAUGUCAGACCCUCCGAGCAAUAACAAAGUUUGCGGCGCAAGAGAUGACGAACCGUGAAAUCCUGUUCGGUUUGGACGCGAUAUCACACAUCCUGCCUCACGUAGAGGCUAUGGAGCUGAACAUCCGAAGGUUUGCUCUAAAGGCCUUGGCACAGCUCUGCCAGUUACCACGAGGACCAGAGCAAGUAUUGGAGGACUCACAAAACUUGAGAAAGAUUGCUUCUAUGCUUGUGAGGUUCGAAGACGUCUUCGUUUUAGAGUUUGCGUCUUUAGUUCUAGCAGAACUUACUAAGGAACCACUUGGUUGUGAACAACUCCUGUCAGCUAACAUCCUCAGCACUUUGUUUGCCAGGAUGAAAAAUAGUCUAGACCCUGAUGUUCAGAAAAAUUGUCUUCAGACAUUAAGCAACCUCCUGGAAGAUCCGAUAUGUGCUGCCGAAGUGACGAAGAAUACACAAUUCAGCUGGCCAUCACUACUAGCGCUGAUGCAAAGCAAGUUCCUAGCAAUACAACAUGCAGCUAUAAAAACCGUGGACCAAUUGAUCUGCAGAUACAAGGACCAGGUUGUGCAGAAGACGUUCCGAGCUUCUACUGGUGUUUUGGAUCUCUGCGAUAUAUUGGAGUCGUAUGAAUUCCGUGACGUCCACGCAAUGGUGCUGGGCGUACUCCGCAACUACGUCGAGACUGAGGAGAAUGCGUCACACAUCUACCAGUCGGGAUGUAUCCUUCGUCUGCUCGCCUAUCUGGACGUGGCGCUGCCGGCUAUGAAGCCACAUUGCUUGGCUGUCCUUACUAAAAUGUCUUAUACUGCUAAUGGAAGAGAGGCUCUAUUCAACACGGAGACCGACAUGGUGUUUUGCAACCAGCUACUGAGCUCCAACGUGGAUUUGUUGGCUGACGCGGCGAUGGGCGUCGCCAACAUGACGCAGCUUCUAGCGUCGGCUGUGCGCAUGUGUGAUAAUACCAAUAUUAUAGAUGCUUUGUGUGUGAUCGUCGCAGAUGACUCAGCAAUCUGGUUCUCCAUCAGACUGAACGCUUUGAAAGCCAUAGUGGAGCUAUGUCGAGUGAUCCCUAAAGCUGCCUUCACUGUCGUCGAAAGCAAGCCGUUUACCGCUAUCAGAAAUGUCAACAAAAAAUUCGCUCAGACUCCCAUCGAAGCUCAGAGGCUGGCGGUGCAGUGCUACAUCAACCUGGAGAUAUAUCACGUCAGCAAGAAGGCCAUGGUCAACGGAGACUUCAUGGCUGAACUCCUCGCCAUCUUGCAGCGUCCAGACAUCAGUUUGAAGAUCCUAACGUGCACUGUACUGACCGGUCUGAUGACGGAGGAGAUAGCUAGGGAUCUGUUCACCUUGAAGAAAGGCGAGGAUGUGAUAUCAAAGAACCUGCUCAUAGAACACGUAGGGCUGGCCACUGCGCUGUGCGCGUUCAUCAUCGCCAGCGUCAGCAACGAGGGAGCAGACAUAUACUUAGACUUAGGGACUGUACACUAUAUGGUGGAGAGCAGACAAGCGCGGUACAUAGUGAGUGCGUGGGAACCAGCGCUGGAGGCCAUCUUCCGCCGACAUCCGUCCGCCAAGCUGGCUUACACAGGCAGACUGGACAUUAAUGACUUCACUCAAGAGGGUUUCUACUGCCUCAAACGGCUCGACGACCGUUUCCCCAGCAUCCAGACUGUGAUGACGCAGACAGGUCGGCCUCGCAACCCCGUGUUCUUUUGCAUGUUCCUGCAACCAUCACGCGCAGACCGCUUGUCUGAUUCUAAACUGUCGACGAUCUCUGGAAGGAUGCGGUUCCCUCCUGUACCUGAUGACUCUAACCUACGGGAGUAUCUUCUUAAGCUACGCCUAUGGUUCGGUGACCCAGCAAGAUCACUGCAUUACUUUGAGAUAGAAGAUGCUCAUUACGAAGUGAGAUACCGGGAGAAGUGCGAAGAAGUAUCAUCGUCACUGAAGCAGCGCGCGCAGCUACUGGGGGAGUACGUGGCGGAACAAAUGAGUGGACUCACGCAGGAAAGGGACUGUUCCAUGCCUAGCGUAGACUUACAUCUUGCUGAUCUUAUGUCGGACCUAGCGUCCCCAGUGAUAGGCCUGGGCUACGUGAAGUGUGGCGGCCCGCUGGAGAGGGCGCUGCUGUACAAGGUGCUGGCGGACCGAGUCGGCAUACCGUGCGCCUUGUUCCGCUCCUGCAGCGCGUACGCAUGGUGCGAGGUGGGGGUGCCUGAGAUUGAUCCAGAAGAAGACCGCGAGAAAGUACACAACUUCCCAGCAGGUUUGCUCAGAGCGAACUACAUAGUAGACCUAAUGAUAAAGCCUGGACGACUCAUACCACGCGGCGGUAGAGACUCCAAGAAGAUAUGCGGCCCAGUGUGUUCCCCGCCUUAUAUUUCGAGGAAACUACCAUCAGUUUGCAAAUGUGAGAAGAAAUGUGACUAGUUUAAUAAAGAGAGAA